AGGCAAGAGAAGAGAAGAAAGAGAAACCAAGGGGGCGAGGCGCCGUCCAAUGACAAAGCCCAGGGGUGGGCGCCGGCCGCCAUCUUGUACCGGGCGGCAGGAUAUUCACCCGCGUCCUCCGCCCUCGGAGGGGGAGGGGCGGCGGCGGAGGCGAGAAAAGUAGCGAGAGCCGCGCCGCGAAGAGGGCGCCAGCAGCGGCCGCCGCCGCGGAGCCAGACACGGGCGGGGACGGCGGCGGCGGAAGGCGGGGAGCGCCGGGCGGCCCCGAGCGGCCUCCGAUGCGGCGCAACGUGAAGAGGCGGCGGCGCCGGCCCCUGGCCGCCCCGGCCGCGGCCGCCCGGUGCGGCGGCCUGAGCGCGGGAGGAGGGGUGGCGCUGGAGGCGCGGGAGGAGAAGGUGGUGUACUCGCGAUCGCAACUGUCGCUGGCCGACAGCACCAAGGCGCUGGGCGACGCCUUCAAGCUGUUCAUGCCCCGCAGCACGGAGUUCAUGAGCUCGGACGCGGAGCUCUGGAGCUUCCUCUGCAGCCUCAAGCACCAGUUCUCCCCGCACAUCCUGCGCAGCAAGGACGUCUACGGCUACUCCUCCUGCCGGGCCCUGGUGCCCGACCCGCCAGUGCCGCCCGCCGCCCGCGGCCCGCCGCGCCGGCCGGCUCCGCGCGCAGCGGCCAGGAGGAGGCGCCGCGGAGUCCGGGCGGCCGCCGCCGGGAGGAGGAAGCCGCCGCUGCCGCCGCCGCCGCCCCCGCCGCCGCCCGCCGCUGAGGAGACCUCGCCGGCCCAGCCCGCGGCGGCGCCCGGGCCCUGCUUCGGGGGCCGCACGCUGGAGGAGAUCUGGAGGGCGGCCACCCCGACGCUGACCACCUUCCCCACCAUCCGCGUCGGCGGCGACGUGUGGGGCGACCGCAGCCUGGCGGCGGCGCGGCGCCGGGCGCGCCAAGUCCUGCGAGUGAACCUGGAACCCGUGGUGAGGCUCCGCCGCUUUCCGGUGCCCCGGGCGUGAGGAGCGCUGCCGAGGGCGCCGCCUGCCGGCCCCGGACCCCGGGACGGAGCUUCCGCCUGGACGAGUGGACAAGUGUCAGUCGAGUGUUUACAGAUCCGGCCAGGACCCUGUCCCCUAGUGCACUUUACGCGCGACGAAGAAGUCACCGGAUGGUGUUCUCUGCCUGCCCUGCGCCCCCGGCACGCGUCGCCGCCGUCUGGGACUCCCUGGGACGCCGGGCUUGCGGAGGGGGCCGACAGCUGGACCGGCUGGGGAGGCCCCUCUGCUUCCUAACCCCAGACUGCGACGUCUCCAGGACUGUAGGGGCUAUCCGUUUUCUCCCUUAUGGACUCUACCUCACUGGUCUGGAAGUCCUACGAAGAAGUCACUCUCUUUUUUUUUUUUCCUCCAAAGGAAUUUGAUUUCGUGCUUGUGAAAAAAAAAAAAAGGCUAGAAUUUACUUGCUCUUCAUCGCCCUCCUCCCCUAUUUUUUUUUUUUUUUUUUUUUUUGACUGCCACCCCUCUUUCUGGAUCGAACAUGCUUUGUGAUGUUGCACCAGUUUGUGCUCAGGGUGUUCUGAAUCCUCAUUCGUUUCUGAAUUUUUACUGGCUUCCAAAGCUUUGACCAAGGAUGUUUUUAAAAGGUUCAAGCUUAUGACUCUGAGUAGUGCGAGGAUUUGUGUGACUUUAAAUUUCCUGGGCUCAGUGAUUACAAAGAGAUGCAAAGUACAACUGUGUAAACAUAAAGUGUUUCUUAAAGAUUUUAUACGGAAAGCUAAUGUUUUUAUUUACUGAGCUCCUAAAGAGAAUGGUAGAGUGCUAAAAGUUCUGUUUAGGAAAAGUUGACUUGUUAAAAUUCCUUUUAAUUGAGUAAUAAUAAAAAAAACUGAAUUGAAACACCACAUGGCUUGUGAUAAAGACAAGUGAAUAAAUUGUGAUGAGCCGGAGCUGGUUACAGGACUAACUGGCAUCCGACUGGAUGUGAUUUGACCUCAUGUCUUGGUCCAACAUAUAAAUCCAAGAAUCUCAAUUCUGGGAUACUUACUUUAAAGUGGGAGCUGUGUAAGAGGGGUGAAUAUGUGUAAAGCUUGUUAUGAAAACCAUCAACAGAAUACCCAUUACAAGUCUCACAACUGUUAAUGAUCUAGAGGGAGGGUUGGGGGGGCAUUUCUUGGUAUCAAGUCACUGGUUGAAGUGAACUUUGGGCAAGAGAGAUCUUUGUUUCCUUGUUGGCAGAUAACAAGAAAUGCCCAGACUAACAUCGCUUUUAUAUACAGCGUGACGGUUGGGUUGACUUUUUUUGUCCUAUGGAUUUGCCUUUAUCAGUUGACUUUUUUUGUCCUAUGGAUUUGCCUUUAUCUGUUGACUUUUUUUGUCCUAUGUGUUUGUGGUUGUUAGGUCUUUGACAGCUGAAGAUACCAGAAUCAAGCAGGCUGAGCCCCACAGAGUACUGACCCUUCUUUACGCUGUUACAGUAGUGUGGAUACCAUGUGGUCCAGUGUGGACUUUUUGAUUAUCCAAGUGCCUUUGGUCAUUGGUGGCAGCAAGACUUAAUGGUUCGUAGCUAGUGGUGCCACAACCAGCUUUUAACUGCAAUACCUAAAGGGUCAAGUAGUGUUUCUGUGCCACUGUUAUUUCAAAUGUAAGAGUUCUGCUGUGGAAUGAUCUAUCCCAGGCUGGAACUUGACAUGUGAAAUCCUCAAUGCAAAGGUUUAGCUCUGCUUGGCAACUUUUUAGAAGGAUACGCAGAGUUGGAAUUUUGACUCUUGGGUUCCUAGAAUUCACAUGGUGUAGCUUUCUGAAACCGUUUUUUUUUUCUUGUAGUUUAAUAGUCCAUAAUAGGAGUGUAAUGACUUUAAUUUCAGUGUUCUUUUGUUUAAAAAAUGUAUCUAUCAAUAUAUAUUAUGAGACUUUAUGCCAGUUGCCCAGUAAGCCUCACAGUCUUGCUACUCGAUGCAUUAUUACAAACACUGUCACAUGAGUAAAUAAAAAGGGAAUAAUUACUUAGAAGAUGGAGAGUGUUACAUUAUAUUUGUGUGAUAGAGAGCUUGGACUCUUUUGGUUUGUUAGUUUCCAUUGCCAAUUGUAUUUCAGAUACAUAGGACUUUCUUCCCAAAAAUACAUUGUUAACUUUUAUAGCUAACUAGCAGCUGGAACAAAAAAAGUAUUUGUACCAUUUCACUAUUGUACAUAGUUUUGUAAUAAUUAAAAAAAAUCCAAUGGCCAUAUUAGAAUGUAAUUUUAAUAUAUAGUUUAUCCAGGUAGUUUCCCAGAGCAUUUUGAAGUUAGGCUCAGCUGAGAAGUUGACUUUGCUCAGCACACGACUGAAACAUAACGAGUGACACCAUGCAUUUGUUUUAACUCAGUCUCAACAUACUUUCCACUUUUGCCUUGUAACUUUGUGUGCUUGAACUCUCAUAAGUGCUUCUUUGGAUUAUUUGGGCUGUUUGAUUUCGGUUGGGAUCUGAUUACUCAUCGUGAAUUCAAUAUGGUUCAUCUGGGCUAUUAAAAAGCUUGCCAUUUCCGGUGUUUGAAAUAAGCUAGAAGAAAUCUUUGUAUUUGCUGAGUUAGUUUUAGCAAGACCUGUAUAACAACUUCAAAAAUGUGAAGAAACAUCUCAUGUAGUUGACUAGUAUUUUACCGGGAAAGGAAGAGUGUAUUAUGGGAACUUUUGAGCAGAAUGUGAACAGAAACUUGGCACAGUGGCCUUUGCAGUGAGGCAUCCAUUUCCUGUCCUCUCCCGUGAGUCUGUAGCUCAGCUUGGGUGUAGUUUUCUAAAGAAAUCCUGUGACCUUUAUUCUCGCUCUUAUAUCAUGGCACAAGUAGAAGGGAGCUAGGAUGAAAUUAUCACCGUGCUGUGUUUUUAUUUAAUGUUUAACUCUUGAGUGCCUGUAUGUGACUGGGCACCUCAAUUAAGAUUCCUUACGUCUUUUAACUCCUCCUCCUCCUCCUUGUCAACCAGCAACUUAUUUUUACAUUUCCAAAACCAGUGACGUGAUUGUUGGGGGCAGGCUUGAUGUUGAUAGUGCGAAGUGUCACGGUAGUGGGGUGUAUUUAUUUUGUCUGAGUUUGAGUACUCUACUGGACAAGUGUUAAGCUGGUGGCUGACACCUAUUGAUUUACUAUGUGCAAAUAAUAGUACUAUUUUUCAGAAAACACUUGAAUAAAAAACUCCAAAAAAUAUUUGAAUCCAAAAAUUUUAAGCAAUUUUGAACUCAAAAGUUUUUUGUUGUUGUUGGUUUUUAAUGGAUUGCCACAGCACUCUAUUAAUUGGUGGUUUUUAAUGAACAUAAAUGCCUAAUAUUUACUUUAUUGGUGUGCUUAAAUUUUUUUUGAUAGACUGUUAAUGUCUUAAGUGCGUUAGAAAGCAAUUGUUUAUAAUGGAAUGGAAGUGUUUCCCUGGACAGUUUGAUGUGCGUAUGAUUAAAAUUUACAAUCUGGCUGUGCUUUCCUUUUUAACUUAUUAACUGUAAAUAAAUUUUAGAGAAUACACAAUGUCUACUUUUCUAAUGUUGCAAGUUUUUGAAAUGGAAUUUUAUGUUUGCAUGUGAAUUGGAAAAUACCAAUCUGCAAUUUGAUAAAUUUUGACUUCUUUGUGAACUUUGGAUUUCUGGAAAUCUUGAUUUGCGUUUUGUCCUAUCUUGAGAGUCGAUGUUCCGUCGUUCUUUGAUUAUCUAAUGAAUCUCUAGCUACCAUCCAGUUUGCCAACAGUAAAUCAUCCUUUAAGAAUACACUCAAAUUUGUGGCCGGCGCCAUGGCUCACUUGGUUAAUCCUCUGCCUGCGGUGCCGGCAUCCCAUAUGAGGGCUGGUUCUAGUCCCAGUUGCUCCUCUUUCCAGUCCAGCUCUCUGCUGUGGCCCAGGAAAGCAGUGGAGGAUGGCCCAGGUGUUUGGGCCCCUGCACCCGCAUGGGAAACCAGGAAGAAGCACCUGGCUCCUCCUGGCUUUGGAUCAGUGCAGUGCCGGCCAUGGCAGCAAUAUAGGGAGUGAACCAAUGGAAGGAAGACCUUUCUCUCUGUCUUUCUCUCUGACUGUCUAUAACUAUCUGUCAAAUUAAAAAAAAAAAAAAAAGAAUGCACUCAAAUUCAGAGUUCUGAAUCCUGGUCCUGCAGUAAUGAUAAAGGAUCCAAAACUUCUAUUCGUUCAUACUGUGACGUAAAAUAAGAGUGCUCCAUGAGUGUUGCACAGAAUCAGGGUAGGGCCAGAAUUUUCAUACCAGUCUGGAAGACUGUUCAGAAUCACAAGGCUACUUCAAAAAGUUUGUGGAGAAAAUAGAACUUUAUGUUGGUGUAAAAAAAUAUUUUUUAAAAAAGAUUUAUUUACUUGAAAGGCAGAGUAGUGUAGGGUGGGAGGUGGGUGAAGAGAGAAUAUAGCUCUUCCAUCCACAGGGUUCACUUCCCAAAUGGUUGAAACAGCUGAGGCUGUGCUAGACUAAGGCCAGUAGCCAGGAGCUCCAUGCCAGUCUCCCACACAGAUGGCAGCAGCCCAAGUAGUUGGGACAAUCAUCUGCUGUUCUCCCAGACCCAUCAGCAGAGAGGCAGAUCAGAAGCAGAGCAGUACGGACUUGAACUUGCACCCCAACUAUGGAUGGAGUUGCAGACAGGGGCUUAUUAACCCGCUGUGCCACAGCAGUAGCCCCUGGGCCAAAAAAAAAAAAAAAAAAAAAAAAGAAA